AUGGCCGCUUCUCCUUGGGUUUGGGAGGAAGACGGUAUAAUGGACAUACAGACACAACCUGUAUCUUUAACUUACUGUUCAAACCUAAACUGUAUAAUCUUGACCCGCACGGAUAAUACUAUCGACAUCAUAGACGUGAAUUCUGGAGAUAUAGUGCGAAAAACUCUUGUUUUAGGUGAGUUUUAGGCAGGGGUCUUGCAUGCUGGUAGCUUUCGUUUACAAUUUGUGGUUAUUGACUCAUUGUAGAAACUCGUAGUACAGCAUAGAUUUGGGAUUUGUUUUCAAUAAGAAUGAAGUAUAUCAUAAAGUUUGUACGGUUUUGUACUUAUUUUAGUAAUUUAUAUUUACGGAAGGAAGGUAUGUUGAAUAUUUAAUCUUAAAAUAUUAUGGAAUGUGCAUAGUUGGCAUUUUUAUGCAAUAAGUGUCAAAACAAGUAAAAGUAUUCAAUGUGUGGGUUUUUAAAUAAAACUUAGAACUUGUUCAUGUUAGUUUAUUGGUGAAUUAUAAUUGUAGAUUAUGAUUUAUGAAUAGACUUGGAAUUAAAUAUUUACAAGAUUGUGUUACUUGUGAGAACUUGAAAUUAUUUACCUUACCUAUAAAUAAACCUGAAAAUAGAGAGUACUGUUUUCAAAACCAAUACAAUGUAUUUAGUUAUUCUAUAUUUUUAUUUAUGUAAAAUAAUUUGCCCUAUAAAGGAAGGUGCAACAACAAGAGAACACAAUGUCCCACACAAGGAAGUACACCCACAAUCUGAUAUUAAUAAUAAUUUGUUUUACAGUUAAAUUAGUUUGUAACACAUCAGUUUGUUGCAAAGUACUUAAUUAUCCUCCUCUGCAGGCAUCUCACCUGCGGAAUCUGGUGGUAUAGAGAUGCCUGCGGAGCAGGCUAGUACUUAAUUAUGUUUGGAGAUUUAAUUAUGUUUGGAGACUUAAUUAAUUAUGUUUUGGAGAUUAUUUUAGAAUAGACUUGCUUCCACUAUAUUUUACCUAACACAGGGUUUGUACUGGUCCUGGAAAACCUGGAAAGUCAUGGAAUUUCAAUAUUCCAAAGUCCAGGCCUGGAAAUCCUGGAAAAUCAAUUUUAGUCAUGGAAAGUCAUGGAAAAUUGAAAUUUUGCAUAACAUUAACAAAGUAUUUUACUUAUUUCAAUUUACCAGUCAUAACAAUAAUAUGAAUUGUUGUUAUAUAAUGGAUUUUUGCAAGAGCGAAGUGAAUAUUGUUCUUUUAUUAUAUCUGUUAUUGUUAAAAUAUUAACGAAUUUCAGAAAUUCCAGACUUCCAGGUCAUGGAUUUUGAAAAAAAUAGUCAUGGGAAGUCAUGAAAAAGUCAUGGAAUUUUAAAUGGGAGAAGGUGUACGAACCCUGCAGUAACAAGACAUACAAACGGAGGCUGAAAUAACAGUCGGAUAUCGGACAACUUCUGACCUUAUUAUAUUCAUCUUGAAAUCAAUGGUGUAUCCUGUAAUCUGAUUGGCUCUUAGCAAUGCGAUUUCAGCACGAAUUGCAUGCGAUUUCAGCACGAAUUGCAUUCUGGGGAUAAAUUUUCCAGACACAUUUUGAACGUUAUUUCAGUCUCUGUACAAGGAGAUAGGAAAGAGGCAGACUUGCAUUAUGUGAAACUGGGACUUUACAAAAUUUCUUAGUUUUGCUGUUCAAAAACAAUUAGUAGAGAGAUGCAGCAAUACAAAAGUACAUAAAGUACAAAAGAUGUUAUCAUGGGUGGAUUUAGGGGGUUAGGGUGGGUUAAACCACUCCUAGAAUCUCUCUAACCCCUCUUAUAAAGUGUUCAACCUCACCAAAAUUUUGCUUCACCCCUCCUAUUCCGAGUCUUUAACCUUAAUGCCUAACCCUUGUUGAAGCUCGUUCAGUGGUGCCACUUGCAUCCCACCAGAAUUUUUUUUACCCCCUUUAAAAAAAAAUGAAAAUCUGCCCUUGGAUGUCAUAUGUCUGACAAUUGACAAAGAACAUGAUGGUAUUCAGAUCAUUCAUAUAUGGCAUCUACAAAUACACAGGACAUACCUGUAGAUUUUAUUUUUGUGGAGGUAGCCAAUCUUCAAAUGGAACUAGGCUAUGCCACAUUCUCGUACUCAGAGCCCGUCUUACAAGCGGUCAACAGAGCAUGACAAUGGUCGAGGGGUACGACAAUGGGUUGCGUCGUAACUGCAGAUCAAAAUUUAGCCUCUGAACGAGAACAGAAUGCCAAGUGUGCCGCUAGGGGCUUCCAUUAGAAAAUCCGAAACUUAACUCUUAGAUACCUAGCAUUUUCAUGAUUUUUGGAGUUAUACCUAGCUCCAAAUGAUUUUUGGAGUUAGGUGAGUAACUCCACAAUUCAUAUUUCAACUCAGUUAGUUUUAAAUUACAAAAGUUACUCAAGUGUAUAUUUUGGUUUGGAGUUAGCCCUUUAGACUUUAGAGGUAGCGUCGCUCCAGCCUCCAUUGCUUCUUACUUUCUGCAGCCAUAACACAGGGCCUAACAAAAGUUAUCCUGUAAUCCCAGUUUCAUAACCUGAAAAAAUUAGGGUAGGUGGGUCAGAAAAUCAAUUUCUUAAAAAUGUUAAAAUAUUUUUUUGCUUGAAAUUGGUCUGCAAUGGCCUUAUGAGUGUGAUGAGUUGCCAUUGCCAGAACACACAAAUAUUUCAAAAAGCAAUAACAGUGGGCAACAGAUGCCAUUUUUGGUGUUGUGUUGUAUCGUAGGUUGGUUGGUAAGCAAACAACACAACUACAUAAAAAAAGCAUUAUAGAGUUAACAGAAAAAUGAGGGUCGGUGGGAAACCGGAACCAGGGAAUAUUUUUUUGUUACAGUUGAUUUCACAUAACUUUUCCGUGAAUGUUGCAAACUUCGUUCGGAACUUCGUUGUGAAGUUCAAAAGUUCAUACUGAAAUUCACAAGCCGGUUUGUAAACAAAGCCUCUGAUUAGCUUAUUUUUGUUCAGGGACCAAUCAGAGGCUUUGUUUACAAACCAGCUUGUGAAUUUCAGUAUGAACUUUUGAACUUCACAACAAAGUUCCGAACAAAGUUCGCAACAUUCACGGAAAAGUUAUGUGAAAUCAACUGUAAGCUGAAUGGGAUGUUCAUUAGGACUUAACCCAUUGAGUGCCGGCGCUCUCCCUUUGAUGGGUAAAAUUUUCUGAUGUUAGACAGAGUAAAAUAAUAAAGUAGGGCACAUUGGGGAGCAAUGCGACUCAAUGGAUUAAAUCAAUCAUAGGCGUACAAGACAAGAGGAGCAACUGCCCCCCCCCCCAAUUUUGGAAAACCAUGGAAAUUCGGACAAAUGCUAGGAAAAAUCAAGAAAAUUCGGGUAGAUUUAUCACAAAAUAGGUUAAAUUCAGGUAAUUUCAUUACAAUCCUGAGGAUUGUAUCCUCCAUACAAAUUCAGGCAAACUUUCAACUGCCCCCCUGGAAAGCAUCAGCCCUGUAUGCCUAUGAAAUCAAUAGAAGUAAUAUGUGUGGUACAUGACUUCAUACAACUUCACCACCAUGCAAAUUGUUACAAGUCCCUAUCCUGCUUCCUCCCAUUUGCAUGUACACUGUGUGGUAUGCUAGGUGCAAUAUAGUAUGACAAAACAAUUAAAGAGAUAUGGGACAAGACUACAAGUUUUUUACUUAGGGAUGAUCUGAGAACUAGAAUGUUUUAGGCUGUUGGCAGAGAUAAUGUGAUUUCCAGUUUACGUUAAAUGCCGAUGGCUGGAAGUAUCUCCCUGUGACAUUUAAUCUCUGCCACUGGAAAUAGUAAAAUAUAAAAAAGACGUGGUUCCGACAUAUUGUGUGAUGCUGCAACCCUGGCAAAAAUUAUUAUGGACAGCACGUUCGGAAAUAGAGAUACCUGCUGUGCUCAAUACAUAUGUGCAAAAACAGUAAUUUUUAACUUUCCUCUCCCUCCUUGUUCAAUGUUGAAAGCUUAUAAAUUGGUUAGGUGAAAGCUUUUUGAAAUGCAUGUCAAAAUCAGGAUGGAGCGGGGGGAGAUAAAGAUGCCAACAUGUCUAUGUGACCAUUAAUACUUUGGUUUACAUCUAAGUUUUGCCAUGAUUGUGGAUCAAUGUUUUAAUAUAAUAAAUUGUUUUCAUUGUAGUUUUUCUUAUUUCAGAUGAGAAUAAUUGCAACAAUCUACAAUGUAUGUUCAAUCCAGUUGCUGGAAAUCUCGUAGUGACAGAUGGUACUUGUAUUGGAGUAAGAAAAGAUUUAAAUGGCAUCUAUCUACUUAAGACUGCCCUGCAAACACCCGUGGAGAAUGCAAGAGAUGGCGAGAUUGUUAUCGAAAUGACGUUAUCUGAUGUAAGAUUAACUCAUCCUAUUUACACUAGAUAGUCUAAACUGUUCUCCCUAGAGGUCUGGUAUGGUUGUCCCAUAUUAAUAUUGGUCCCAUGUUACUGUAGGAGAAAAGCAAAGCUACACCAACUUUGUUUAUCAUGGAUAACUCUAUCAGUCAAAUUGGAAGCACGCUUCUCACAUAUAGUCAAAUAACUGUAUAUUGUAAAAAUCAACUAUUUGCAUCCCCAAGAAUCAACCAAUGCAUACCGAAAUUGUAUCAAUGAUUUAUGGCAUUUCAGGGCUUGAAAUAACAGCCGAUCAAUGAUCGGCAAGAACUUGCUUAUGAUCAGCGGAAAAGCAGGGUUUUCAACCUGAAAAAAGCAGGGAAAGUCAUGACUGCCGAUUACCAUGAUCGGGAACUUUGGGAACGUUAUUUCAAGCCCUGCAUUUUCAAUGUGAAAGUGCUGGUGCUCAAUUGGUUGAGCUGCAAUGCACCCCAAUACAGCCUAUGGCUACUUUACUAUUUUACUAUAUUAGUGCAAGGCCAAUUCACUCAUCAAGGGGAGAAUCUUGUGCAUUAAUGGGUUUAAUAUGCAGUGUUUAUGGAAAUGGACUGCCCUAACUUCCUCCAUCAAAUGAAUCUGGAAUUUGUAUCCAAAUAAAAUUUUCUGGUAUAGAACAAACUACAAAGUAUUAGAGUCUGGUUCAAAUGUUGAAGUUUUCAUGUGCAAAAGUCAAACCUAAUGCAAACGAGCUCAAUAAAUUAGGUCUGGCCCAUUACAAAACCAGGCUUAAGUGUGUCAUUCCCUUAAUUAGUUAAAAAGUUUGCUAUCCUUUAGUAUAAUCAACCAUCAGCUUUGGUCUCAUUUUAAUUUCCAUUUCAUAAUAGAUGGAGCAUGUUUUAUCAGGGCUUCAGACAUGUAUGAAAGAUGCGCAUGAACCACAUUUGUCAAAAAUGGAAAGAUUAAAAGGCAAAAUGAAUGAAAGUAUUGAACAAGUGAGGUCAAAGAUUUAUGAAGGAGAUGAAAAAGUACAAAAGGUUCGUAUUAAUAGACCUUUCCGCUUAUGAGUGAAAUUUUGAUCUAGAUAUGCCUGGACAAAAAUUUCCCAUUUGUAAUACAAAAUGACUGAAAAACGCCAAACUUCGCAAGGCUAUAUUAUCCGCAUUUUACAACAUUUCGCAAUGAAACUUCGGAAUAUUACUAAUUUUGUGAUGCUCUUUCAAGCUGUGAUGAAAUCUUUGUCCAGACUUGUCUAGAUCAAAAUUUCACUCAAAAGGGGAAAGGUCUAUUUUAGCAUUUACCUUCUGAUUCAUUUGGGGAAGAAAAUUAGUCAUUAGUAAUGCUAAGAGGUCAAUAUAAUUCUGAAAACUUGGUCAGACAUUGUGUUUGACCAACCCAUGUUUUGGUCGGACAGCACAUGAUCAGACACUUUUAAAAUUAUUAAUUAAAAUUAUUCUCAAGAGGGACGUUGUCAGUUGUCUGACACUCAUAGACGGAUUUUCAUUUUUUUACUGGGGUGGUGCCAGAAAUUUUAGGGGAGUGAGCCGUGAGCAGGUGACUGAAGCAACACGAAGUGUCACCAAACCCCAGUAAGGUCUAUAUUCUAGGGGUGGAGCACUAGAGCCGCGAGGGGGAGUCUAGGGAAGUCUAUUUGCAUGACAAGGCACUGCAAACUCUAUUCAGGGGAGAUAAUAGAGUUUCAAAACUUUACAAUUGCUCCAAUAAACCAGUGAAUGCAAGCGAGGAGCGAUUAGUUUCAGA